GCCGCGCUGGAGCUGCGGCUGGAGUACAUGGGCACGCCCGUGUUGCUGGCGCGACUGUCGCGACCUCGCGCGGCGCUGCGGGACCAGUGGCAGCCGCGCAAACACCGCCCCGCCGCCAGCCGGCCAGCGACGAUAUUAACACACUGCACACUGAGCUGGCAGCAGCUGCAGAUCCUGAUGAGCCGCAGCACCACGCCCGACCUGAUGAAGAUGCAGCUGAAGCUUGAGGAAUUCUUCACGCAGCAGUUCAAGUCCAGUAAACGCGUGUUCAGCUCACUGCAUCCCAACUAUGGAACCAUGAGAAGAGACAAGAAGGAGCCUGCUUCGAGUCCCGGCGAGAGUCAGCCGCAGCAGCACCAGGAGCUGCGCCACCACCGUCACUGGCAGAAGGUGCUGCAGUUCGUGGCCGCCACGUCGCUGCCGCUCGCAGCCUUCUCCACGCCCAACAACUCGCAAGGUUGUGUCUUGGGUGGAAGCAUGGAGCUACUGGGCUCAAACAUAUCGCUGGCGUGCUUUCACGGCACCAGCAUGAAGGCCAAGUCUUGGGCGCUUUUCAGUCUCAAGGAUCCCUGCAUCAGCUUCGCCACGGAAGCACAGCAGCAUCGUACAGAAGAAGGCGAGGUGGAAGUGCACGCGGUACAGACGCUGACAGCCAGCCUAGGAGGAGCCGCGAGCGGAGCGGGAGGUGAGGCGGGGAGCGGCCACCAGUCGCUGGCCACGGUUUGCCGCAUGUCGCGCACCGUGCUGUUCCCGCCGCAGUUCAAGACGCUGCGGGAGUGGUUCCAGUACGCCUUCGCCGACAGCGAGAUCGACGCAAUCGAGCUGUUUCCGUCGCUGGAGCGCGAGGCGGGCAGUGCGGGGACUGCGGGUAGCGCGGGAACGAGUGGCGGUCACAAGAGCGGGCACGUGCGUGAGGUUAUCUUCGCGCUACCCGCACUGCAGCUACACUUGCGGACGUCACAUCGCCAGCCGCCACGCGCGCCUACCGAGAACGAUCGCAUGCCGGUGGUGGAGUGCAGCUUCAUCACGGAGUUCGAGGACCACAUCUUCGUGUCGGUUGACGCCGAGGCCUUUCUGUUCCUGCACGACCUCAUCUCCGGCUACAUCAAGGAGAAGGAGCGCCUUAUGCCGGGUGGGCGUGCCAGUAACGGUGAAGUAAUUCCCGCGUUGCCGCCCAUCGACUUCCGAGACUACCACUGCCUCACGUGGCACCUGGAGCCCACUGUCAGACUGUUGUCGUGGGCCGGCAAGUCCAUCGAGCCGUACGGCGUGGACUACAUCCUGCAGAAGCUGGGCUUCCGACACGCUCGCACCACCAUCCCCAAGUGGCUGCAGCGGGGCGCACUCGACCCGCUCGACAAGCUGCUGGCGGUGUCACUGCUGCGACUGCUGCACCUGGUGCACCACAAGUGAUCACCACCAGGCUGCCAUAUUAGUGACGUCGGAUUUUUUUUAACGAAAAUAUGUGUCGAGACGAGCAGCACGUUCAGCUGAUGGUAAUUGAAACGCCCUGCCCAUUACAAUGCAGUGCCGCUUAGGAUUCUUGAAAUACCCAAAAUUUCUGAGCGGCACUACAAUUGCGUCGUCCUUGAGACAUAAGAUGUUAAGGCUCAUUUGCCCAGUAAUAUCACUAGCUACGGCGCCCUUCAGACACAGUAAUUACUGCUUCAGUUCAAAAAUAGGCCGUUGUGAUACCCAUAAUCUAGCCGGCAUCCUGUGCAAAGGAGCCUCCCACUGGUAAAACUUAAGACUUAAAUGGUACACUCUUCAAAUAUCAUCUAUAAAAAGUACUGUUGCCAUACUCACGCUAUGGAAACGUAAAUAUUACGAGUGGUUUUGUGCUGCAACGCGUGGGAUAUAACACACACCAUAAGGCUUACAAAGACAUAUGUCAUAUAUACCUAUAACUUACGCCACUCUUUUAAAUCCGUUGGAAUAUUUUACAAUGGCUGUUACAUACAUAACAGAUUAGUAUGCAAGGUCCUGCAUUCAAUAUAUGAGUCGUGUCCUAAUUUAAAAGCGUUUUAGAUAUUUCAUAAAAAGUAUUAACAUGUAUACAAUCUAAUACUUAUAUAAAAUUCUCAUGUCGCGGUGUUUGUAGUUAAACUCCUUCGAAACGGAUUGACCGAUAUUCAUGAAAUUUUGAGUUCAUAUUGGGUAGGUCUGAGAAUCGGACAUCUAUUUUUCAUCCCCCUAAAUGUUAAGGGUGGUCCACGGCAAUUUUUUUUUUAUUUUUUUUAAAUUUGUUUGAUUAUGAGUCAGCAUUAAAAAAUACAUACAACUUCAAAUUUUCACCCAUCUACGAUCAACAGUUAGUUUUGUAUCGCGAUUUUAAUAUCGGCAAUACAACGUUUGCUGGGUCAGCUAGUUUAUCUUUAUAAUUGGAUGUAGUUCCUGAAAAUCAUUCGAAGCCACAAACAUCACAUUUUAAGGAAUUCGUGUUUAAAGUUUAAUGUAUUAGUGUAUUCCACACAUGUGGGUUGGGCUACUAAGUCAUGAUGUCAUUUAAAGAGUGACAGUAGGGCUGCCAUUUUUUGUCAGUCCAUUAAUAUGAAUCACGUGACCAGUUUUGUGUUCUUAACUCAAUUUCGACAUGAUUAUGGUUUGGAACGUUUUUCUGGAAUUACGUCUAAUUUUAUUAUAUUGGAUGCAUCGACCUUUUCAGCAACGCAGCUAAUUAUCGUUUUGUGUAUUUGUGAUUCAGACUAUACAGUAUUGAUUUUGAACACACUGAAUGUUGGAAUAUUUCAGAAAUGAAUAUAAUUACUUUAUAACUUAGAUUAAGGAUUGGUCUCCAACUAGAUACCGCACUACCUAAGAACAAUAGCUUUUUUACUACGGCAACUAUUAGAUAGAUUGUGUGCGUGGCAUCUUGACACUCAACUGCAUCUUUCAAAUUUUGUAACAUACGCUUCGUGUUAUUUUACAUUGAUAUUAAUAAAAUACAAAAUUCUUACUGAUGAUACGUGAACCCAGUGUCUUUCUUAUUUCUUGUAGUAUUAUUUUUGCAAAGUUUUACUACGCAACCCGGUAUUUUAGUUUCAAUUAUUAGUCAAUCAAAGUUUAACAGAACAUGUGGCACGUUAACGUUAUACAUUGUUCGACACUAGCUCGAAUACAUUGUUCGACACUAGCUCGAAUACGGCCACUUGGGCGUAGUAUUAGUUUCCGCACUUUGCGACUCCGCCUGCGGUAUCUAGUUGGAGCGCAGUGGAGUCCAUUCCUUAAUCUAAGCUUUAUAAUAAGUUAUAUGUCUAUAAGUACCCAGAUAGAUGUUGGUACUAAAUGUCGACACAAGUCCGUUCUAUAUGACGGUACCUUUAGGUAAGUCGACACUCGGAACUUUGCCAGUAGCACUUUAGACUGAUUUAAUUCAUGUAGUGUAAAUGAAAUAUUCACAUGUACCUUGAAAUAAUUUUGUAUGUUAGCUACAUUACUUACAUUUGCUUUCUUAUUUAAUUAUAAAAAAAUAUGAUUGCCUAGAUAUUCUUAGAAUAGUUUUAAUUUUAAUUUAUUUUUCAAAAUGCAAAUGUGUAUAGAUAUUUUUUUUAUAUUCGUUCAAUAAUUUAAAAGCGAACAAAAUAUAAAAAUGUUCUAUUCAAUAGUUUUUAUAUCUGUGAUUGGGAAUUUUCUAUUAUUGUUAGGUAAUUUAAAAUAGUCAAUUAUUAAUCGAUUUGUUUGUUUCCAUUCCAGUUUUAUGUUUUAGGAGAAAAGUGUAUGUUUUAUAUUAUUCGUAUUAUUAAUAAGUGUUUCUAUGAAUGUUACGGGAAUAGAAAAUUACUAGUGGAAUUUCGCUGCAGAGAUGGAAGAUUUAAGGAAAGGAAUAUUGUAAUAAUAAUUUUCCAUGGAAGAUUUAAAAGGAAAACGAAUAUUGUAAUAAUAAUUUUCUAUAUACAAAUUUAUCACUACCUUACCAAGAUUAUCACUAGUUUAAUUGUCCUAAAAUUAAAAAUAGCAAUAAAUCUUCCAAAAAUCCUUCCUAGCGUUUUUUGUAAUUUUAUUAAAAAUACUUUUAACUACCUUUUUUUAAAAAAAAAUAGUUGCAUAUUUUAUAUAAAAUGUUUUCACUCUGCAGGUUUUAUCGUUUCUUAUUUAUUGUAUUAUAGACUAAUUAGUUAUUAUAAUGAAUGUUGGUAGCUGUAUCCUUUGUAUAGAAGUUAUAUUCUGUGUAUGGUUGUUGCUGCUUUUACUAUUUAAUGUAUUUUAGUACGAAAUAUUAUUUGUACAUAAUGGAUGUGAUAUAAAAUUAAAAUUAUUGAAUAUAUGA